AUGCGAGUACUAUACAUGUGUGCACACCCAAAACAUCAUGCUUCCGUUUCUUCCACUGCUCUUUCAAGUUUCAUUGAUCCUACAGACGAGCAGGGCGGCAAUGAGGGGUGCACACCGACACAGGAAGAGGAAAAGUCUUCUCUCGCUGGAUGUCGUGCGCUCCCCGUGCGGCAUGACCCUCGCUCGUGCCCCUCCUUGACCCUGCAUCGACCCCCUUCGCUCUGCUCUGGCGGCGGCAAGACCAGCCCACGUGCCGCUGUGCUCCGCAGGCGACUGCGACCGCUGCCCCUAUGCUCACCGCUGCUACCGACGGCAAGGAGAAACCUCACCGACAAAUACAGAGCCGAGGGGAGGAGGCCGCAUGGAGAAAGAGACAAUAUUUGGUCAAGACCUCCGCAUAGCUCUCCAAGCUGCGUCCGUGGCCUUAACUGUCGCCCCCGCCACCCGUCCAGCCUGCUGCACCAUGCGCUGUGA